AUGGAUGCCUUUGCCAAAAAUGUUGAUCGCAAGAAAAAGCAUUCGGCUCAUGCUGAUCGUAGUCCUCGUGAUGGUCCCGAUGGUAUGAGUUUCUCAACAAAAAGACAUUUUAAUAAUGUCAAACGAAAGAUGUUUGCAUUUAUUGACAAGAAAUAUCAAGAACCGACGAAUGGUAUGCUCUUAGCACCACCUUCUGCCCAUCAUCGCCCUCCACCAUCGCCGAUGUUUGUUGAUCAAAACAAAGCACCUCAUCAACGAGCACAUUUUCACACGCCGAUGUUUGUUGAUCAAAACAAAGCACCUCAUCAACGAGCACAUUUUCACACGCCGGCACUGCCACGUCAUCAAGAACAACUACAAUUGCAUAAGCAAUUACCUCAUCUCGCAUUAGCAACUCCUCAAAUGCAUCGUCGGCAAUGA